UUGAACACGCGCACGCACGCACGCACGCACGCCAUAGCGAAUCUCCACCAUAACGGGACAAGUUUCAACCACCGGGAUAACCGAGCAACUCUCGGCGCUGCUCUCCCCGCAUUGGAGCGCCUGUCCCCGGGCAGAGAACUGCUGCUGAAACCACCACCACAACAACAACGAUGACGAAGAUACUGACAGGAGGAGGCCACUGCCGAAGGUGCAGCCCUCGCUAGACUUCCCCCAUCUACCACUACCGCUACCACUACCACUGCCACCCCCACCCCAUCCCAACGCUCCAACAUCAUGGCCAACCACCUGGAGUUGAUCCAGGAGCUGCAGCAGCUGGACAAGGUGCCCAGUCUGGAGAGGCUGCGGGCGGCCCAGAAGCGCCGCACUCAGCAGCUCAAGCGGUGGGCCGUGUACGAGAAGGAGAUGCAGAACAAAAAGCGCAAGGCGGACAGGAAGGGACGCAACGCCAACGGCUAUCAGCAUGCCGAGGCCAAGAGGCGAGUGUCGUUCGCAGCCAGCGUGGCGCUCUUGGAAGCAUCGGCCAGGAAUGACCCGGAUGAAGUGCGCUACUUGCUAAAAAACAAUGUGAGCCCAGACCUCUGCAAUGAAGACGGCCUCACCGCACUUCAUCAGUGCUGCAUAGACAACUACGAGGAGAUGGUGAAGAUCCUACUGGAUCGUGGAGCUUGCGUCAAUGCUCAGGACAACGAGCUGUGGACGCCGCUGCACGCUGCCGCUACCUGCGGCCACGCGGUCCUCGUCAAGACACUCAUUGCACAUGGUGCUGAUCUGCUGGCGGUCAACUCUGAUGGGAACAUGCCGUACGACCUUUGUGAAGACGACCCAACACUGGACAUCAUUGAGACGGCCAUGGCCAACAGGGGCAUCACCCAGGAGAUGAUCAACGAGACCCGGGCGUCCACAGAGAGGAGGAUGCUGGGAGAUAUCCAGGAACUGGUGAGGCUGGGUGACGAAGUCAACCAUCAGGACUCGCAGGGAGCCACACUGCUGCACAUCGUGGCAGCGAACGGCUACAUGCAGGCGGCCGAGCUGCUGCUGGAGGGCGGCGCUCGCAUGGACCUGAGAGACUCGGACGGAUGGCAGCCGCUCCACGCCGCGGCCUGCUGGGGGCAGAUGCAUGUGGCUGAGCUGCUGGUGUCUCACGGGGCCAGUCUCAAUGCCAAGACCUUCCUCGAAGAGACCCCCAUUGACCUGUGUGAGGAUGAGGAGUUCAGAACGAUUCUGCUGGACCUGAAGCACAAGCAUGACAUCAUCAUGAAAUCCCAGCUCAAACACAAGACUUCGUUGUGCCGACGGACGUCCAGUGCAGGCAGUCGUGGGAAGGUGGUGAGGCGAGCCAGUUUGUCCGACAGACACAACCUGUGCCGCAAGGAGUACGAGACGGAGGCCAUCGUGUGGAGGGGAGGCAGGGAGGAGGAGGAGGAGAAGGAGGACAAAGAGAAGGAGCCUGACCAGGAAAACAUCCAGGUGCUUCAUGUAAAGCCCGAAGAGGCAGUCGAUCCACCUGACCAGACCAAGCUGCCCACCAUCCUCAAAGAUGGCAGCAGCAAGCACAAUGGCCUCAUCUCUACAUCUACAUGCGUACCCCCGCAGCCACCCGCCAACGGCAAGGCGGCAGUGAACAAGAGCACGCUAGCCGCUAGUCCGGCCAGCCAUGAUGAAACUUUUCCUCGCGAGCGAGCUCAGACUCUGUCAGAGCUAAAAAAGCACCGGGCGGCGGCAAAGCUGUUGAACCACCCCCUGUUCAAUGGUCACCUGGGCAACGGUUCCACAGACUCCUUCAGCGACGCCAAAUCCCUUUCGGACGACCCCCGCAUGCCACUGGUUUCGUCCAACGGCAGCGCUGUGUUCUACACGCCGGCGAGCGGCGAGCCGCCACUCCUCAGACUCAGGCAGCCCGUUGAUGAAGAGCAGCCCAAGUCGCGGACCUGCUGCUGCAUGUCGUAGCGCCAUCGUCGUGCGAGGCCAAGGAACUGCAAACGUUUGCACAGAAGAGCUGGAGGCAGGUCAAAUAACUUUCACUCAAAAAAGUGGACUUUCUACAUGAAUGGAGGUUGCAAGUGUAGCAGGCUAACAAACCGAGGCUUUGGAUUAAAUUUGGAUACAUGGAAAGAACCACAAUGAUGGAUGGCUGAAGACAAUUCUAGGUAUAAGAGGAACCUCCAAAGUCGAUCUGUUCCAUGAUACUGGUUGACAUCCCUGAUGUUUCAAAACAUUAUUAUUAUUUUUUUUUAAACGGCAGACUUCCUAUUUCCUUAGGGGCAUUGCCUCUUUAGAUUUUUUUGGGGGGGGGUCUACUUAUGAUAGACAUGCCUACCACAUUUUAUGUUGCCAAGUGAAAGGUUCGGAGCUACCGGGCAAAAAUUCACCGCUAUGCUCCGCCCACAUGCAAUGAUGAAAACUUGGCUUUAGUGUUGCACAUCUGGUUCAAAUUUGGUAGAAAGCAGAUUAAAUCUUGCAAACAAGUUUGUGUUUAAAGAACCCCGAGAAAAACCAAAACAAAACCAAUAUAAAUGGAACCUCCAAAGUUGAACAAAAUCUAUCUGUUCCGUGAUGGUGGUUGACUUCCAAGUUGUUCCAUUUACAAAACAAUUUCCCCCAUAGGACGUGUUAGAUGAAUGAAUUAAUUCCAGGUCAUCUUAGAAGUGAUCACUGGUGUCCUGCUGUCCUUUAGAUAUCGUAUUUUCACGCAUCGCAUUAAAAGGCGCAGUCUCAGUUACCGGGUCUAUUUCUGUAUUUAACACAUACAUAAGGCGCACCGUAUUAUUGGGCGCAGGCAUGGUAAAACAUACGCUAGCUUAAAACAUACGGUAGCAUGCAUGCCCGCUAACGAUAUACCUACUGGGGGCGUGUCUUUAGCCUCCUCUGUCACGCGCAGCCUUCCCCCUUUUACGUCCGUAUGCUGUCCUCAGUCACGUCCACCUUCCUCCAUAUAAGCAGGGCGUCGGCAGGAAAUGCUCCCAGUCAGUCAAGCGGAGCGCUGAAGUCACACAACAACAUUUACAGAUUUUGGAACUCUGUGCACACACCCCAUCCAUUUUGGAGAAAAUUUAAGACUUUUAAGUGCCCCUUAUGGUCGUGAAAAUACGAUACUUACUGAGAGCUAAAGCCUCAGAUUUGCUGUUUGAAUUCCAAUUAUGUUUGAAUUCCAAUUUGUACCACCAUUUCUUGUGUUCGACUUUGGGGGUUACGCUGUUCACAAGUGAACUUUUGAGAUAUUUCAUUUUGUCUUUUCUUUUUUUUUUUAACAUGAAGGAAAAGUCAUCGUGUAGGACAGCAGUCAUAAAUUUCAACAUAUCAGAAGAAGCAAACAUAGUGCUUUGAACGCCGUGAAUUAGUAAAGGGAAGGAAUGCCAUAAAAGUGUUAUCAUGUACAAGUCACUGUCCCCUUUGUAUACUGUAUGUCUGCACCCAACUGAUAUUUCUAUUGAUCCGCUUUGAGAUGAAAACUGUCAACCGUACGUUUCUUUAUUUAUUACAUGAUUUAUGUGUUCCUACAUUGGAGUGUAUUUAUUGUUGCGGAUGGUGUGUGGAGAGUGAAUGCGAUACAGAAAAGAGCCAGCAAAGCACCUUUUUCCUCAUAUGCUAGCGGAAGGUUUAAUUGUAGCAUGAUCCCUAGAAAUAACACAAAAUGGCCAUAACAAAGCCAGAAUGGAGGAUCCGACAUUUAUCUGACUUUUUUUUUUUUUUUUUACACAGAACCACAGCAUCAGAAACAGUAAAUAGGACGGGAUUUAAACUGCAUAGCUGGUUCAAGUGACAAUUCCAAUUUAUUUUCUAUCAAUCGGCACAAUUGCAGUACAGAAUAAGUAAAAAAAAUUGAAAAAAAACAACAAAAAACAAACAAACAUGAAAUCGCAUACGUUCAGAUCAGAAUCAGGCCUCCAGUACGGUACACAUUGGGUAACAACCAAUGUAAGUGAAAAGUGCAGCAUAAACGUACAGAUUGGAUAUACCCUGUCAAUGCGAGCUCAUCAAAAUAAAUCGAUUGGCGCUGUAUACUUUUAAUACUUUGUAUUAUUUAUGUGUUAUUGUUUACGUCCAUGUUGUAACUUAGUCAAGUUAUGACUUAGGAGUUAUUUCCACGCAAUUUGUGCAUCUGUGCAUGAGGGUUGGUUCAUGUGUUCUGUCAGUGUAAACACAGCCAUAUCGGAAAUGUGUCACUUAAAAUGCAAAAAAAAAAAAAAAAAAAAAAAUAAAAUAAAAAAAGAGCAGAUACUGUAUAGGCAUUAAACUGGAAUUGGAUGCUUGGAUCUGCAGUGUAAAUCAAGGAAUGCGGAAUUCCAUUCUCUGACUGUCCCUCCUAAUCAACUGACUUUUUAUUUAAUUUAGGAAUGGUCAUUCAAGUAAAUUUCCUUGAUUGACAGGUAACAUGAACGACCACUUUACCGUUACCAUACAGUGUUUGUUAUUCAAUGAAAUACCAUAUAUGUUGCCUCAUCUCCAUGUGAGUGCCAAAGAGUCUUCCAUUAAAAAAUACAGUAUAAUUUAGAUGUAAAUGGUUCCUUUAAACCGACAUUCCCCCUGCCCUCCCUUGUACAGUCUCAAUGAUGUGCACAGAUGAAUUUUUAAAUACUAACGUUGUCUGUUCCCAUGAACUGCAUUUGUCUGUAUGUUUAUUGGUGUCCUAAUGAAAAAUAACAUAGGAGAAUACACAUAACGAUCCUCUUUGGUAAUCCCGCUUUAUAUGUGUCAUAUGCCUGCGAAGUAGACGCAGGUGUCAGUGUUAAAUGUGUUCCUCCACUGUGUCAUUUUUUUGGGUCCUGAAAUGUCAGGAAUGAAAUGUUUUUUUUUUUUUUAAUGUUAACUAAAUGUCUAGCUGCUGCGGUGGAAUAAAUUGACACGUCCAAUUCCUUCACAACAUAUACAGUAGUUACAUGUGUGAUUAUCAACAAGUGUCCAGAAAGAGACAAAAGGAUACAAAUAUAAAGAAAGAACUACUGAUGAUUUUGUAAUUAUUAGACUGACUAUACUGAUGGGCUGUAUUCACAUAUUUUGAAUAAAUUGUAUAUUUUGAGAAUUGCA